UCAAGUGAGGAUCAACGAUGUAUCCCUGUUACUUUACGAUGAAUUUGCUACGUUUUUUUCUUGCCAGCUGGUUGAUUUUUAUGAUCGUCGAAGAAGCUGUCUCAAAGGAAGCUGUGUUGCACCGAACACGCAAUGAAUCUCCAUUAGCUGUGAUAAAAAAACACGACACAUCUAAGCUACAAAUCGCAAUACCUCACGCAUACGAAUCAGAAACCUAUCUUUCCAGUUAUACUUACGAUGAUUCUGUAGACGAAAAUGGCCCUAAAGAAGAAUUUAUGGUUGCCUGCCCUGCAUCUGGAGGAAAACAUUUACAAGUGGAAAACAAUUGGAAAACUCGUACUUCGACGACGACUGACAAAAGUUCACUACUUUUUCUAUCCCAGUACGAAGAAGGGGCCUCCUGCAGUGCGCCGCGUUUCAGACCCUUGAUUAAUAAAGUUGAAGAAGAACAUUGCAACCAAUUGCAUGCAGACAUGUAUGAAGUCGGAUAUUCGGUAUCGAACGACGAGGAAGGAAAGGAUAUUCAGUUUUUAUCCACGCAUAAAAUAUGCUAUUCAAAUAUCGAAGGUGAAGAAGCUACACUAUACUCAUUUCACCGUAUCGAAUCACCAGAUCUGCUAUUUAUGGAUGAAAUAACAGAACUUACCGAUAUAAGACCAUUAAUGCGUAAGCAAAGUUAUGAAUCGGUUUUGGAUUCCAGUUUAAGCACCAAAAAGUCCAUCAGUGGAGGCGAGGUUUAUGUACAUAAGUUCGUUGGAAAUGAGGAUAUGCCAAACAAGCGAUGGAAAAAGACAACUAUUUUUCUUUUCAAUUAUGUUGCCAUCACUAAAAAUAAAGAUUUAUUCAAGGGCAUGAUCAGAGCUGAUUGGUACUAUCGACUGUACAGUUAUAAAAAAAACAUUCCGUUGAAUUUGUACUCAGGUACAUAUCGAAAAGUGAUUCAAGAUACUCCACCUGUUGAUUCAUUUUGGAGGGUUAUUUUUGAUGAUGCCGGUAACGCCAUUAUUUUAGUAACCCAGCACACUCAAAAGGAAUGCGGCCAAGAUUAUUUAUGUGAAAAAAAUCUUCAAAUAAAAACAUACGAGGAAGGGGGCUGCAUAUAUACCUGUUCGCUGGAUGCGAAUGGAAAUCUACUCAAAGAGCUGGGUUUGCCACCCUUGAAUAUAACUGGAGACUUGGAUUUCAUACUUCAAUCAGAUAAGCAUUCUCAAAUCACUGGUAUUAUCGAAUUCUUGGGCAAUAAAAGUUUUAAGGAUGCCCUGUCCAACAUUGAUGAGGAUAUUUUGAAAAAUGCAACCUUUCUAGGUGAAUCAUCCGGAUCAUGAUGCUGGUGAUCAGGACUUCACUGUAAUGCUAUACAUAAUUAUCAAUUCGACGUUAUUAAUAGCCUAUUUUUAUUCAUUUUAUGUAAGUUACCUACUCAGUAAGUUGUUCGUUUUCAAUCAAUAUCAAAAUAAA